AUGCGCUGCGAUUGGGAUCAUGAGGCGCUCUCGAGGCGGAGAGCGGUGGCAAGUCUUCUCGUCUUCGCCAAGGAGCUGGAGAGGGCGGGGCGGAUCUCGAAAGCGAGUAAGGGCCUCCUGAAAGAGCUGAUCGUGCACGAAAACCUGGAGGUGAUGUCGAUUGGAGAGCGCUUGGCGAGGGUCGACAGCGGGAAGAACCAGCACCAGCACAAACAGCAGCAGCAGCAGCAGCAGCAGCAGCAAGUCAUUUCCCUGCACGUCCUCGACGAGCAGAUAAGCAAGUGCACCCGCUGCCGCGUCCUGGUUGAGAGACGAGCGAGCAAAUCGCACGAGGAGCUUUUCGAGAUCUGCCCGUUGGAGCAAGCGCACCUCCUUUCUCAGAAGGACACAGAGAACCUGGCAGACGGUUCUGACACCAAGUCCUUGGUGUACGGUGAGAUCGACUUCUGGUCCUUCUAUGACGUGAUGAAGGUCGCCGCGCACGACAUCUACACCGAACCCCGCUGUUACGACGGGCAACGUCAAGACGCGAGCGAUCAGGAGUCUCCUCCUCAGUCUUCGUGUCGAGGGGGCAGGGAGGCGGAGGAGGACGACGACGGCAAGGGCGGAGCGGGUAUGGGGGAAGGAGGGGAGGUUGAGGAGGAAGAAAUGUACACACAGGGAAAUGUCGAAGUGGAGGAAGAGGAGGAGGAAGAAGAGGAGGAAGAGGAGUGUUGGCAAAGAAGCAGCGGUCGUGUUCAGGAUGGCAGAAACGAGCUCCGCAACGUCGGCUGCGACGGCGGCAGCACGAACGUACCACGGCGCGGGCUGGGGGCGGAGUCGGCGGUGACGGUAGCAGGCAGCAGCCCUGGCGAGAGACGAGCCGGAGAAAGCGGAGGAGGACGAGGGUUGAAGUUCUAUGACCUUGGCAGCGGGUCGGGAAAGGCCCUGUUCGCCGCGGUCCUGGCAGUUGACUUUCGCUGCGCGGUAGGGAUAGAAGUCCUAGCCGGCGUUUACCGCGCCUCGACCCGAGUGUUGAAGCGCUACCGCAGGCUGGUGGAGCCGGUGUUUUGCACCCCCGCGGACAUCGAGUUGCGCAAGGGCUCUUUCCUGGACCCCGCGUGCGACUGGUCCGACGGCGACCUGGUGUUCGCCAACUCCACCUGUUUCGCCGAGGACACCCUGCUGGCCAUCGCGAGAAGGGCAGAGCUCCUGCGGCCCGGGGCGCGCGUGGUGACGUUCACGACGGCCCUCAAGACCUUCUGGCUGAGAGUGCUCACGAAGAGGAGAUACCAGAUGUCGUGGGGGCCGGCGACGGUAUUCGUUCACCAGAAGCUGAGUCGGGAGGAGUACGCCAGGCGGGUGGCGGGGAAGGAAAAUACCCCUUUCGAUGAGGACCAGGGGGUGGCAGCGCGGGCCGUUAGCCUCCCCCCGCGCGCCGCCCCCAAAACCAACACCGCUAGGGACAAGCUUAAGCUUUUACCAUCGCCAUCGUUGUUAACAGAAGCAGCAGCACUAGUACCGGCCCCCGUCCUUUUGGCGCCGGCAUGGUCGUUCCCCUCCUCCCUGGCGGCGGGGGGUGCGGGCGAUUGCUUCGGCGCUGCUAGCGACGACGUAGACCGGAAGUGGGGGCAUUGCGGAGACGAUGGCGGUAUCGGGGACGGGGAGGAGGAGGAGGAGGGGGAGGAGGAGGAGAGGGAGGAGGAAGGAGGAGAGGACGGGUUUCGCAGGGGUUGUGGCGAAGGCCCUGGAGAUGGCUGUGAGACGGAGGAGGAGGAGGAGGAGGAGACCGGAGGCAGCGACAGCAGCAGUAGCACCAGCAGGUGUGCGGCAGGAGGAGACGCGGGGGGGCGAGGGGCGCGGGGAGAGGGCGCCCCACUGGCAUGCUGUUUGUCCUGGCCCCGAAGGCCUUCGCACUGCUAG